UUUCUUCGCCCUCGCCAUCGUUUGUAUCUUCAAUCUCCCAUCUCACCCUCAACACCAGGUUUGCUGUUCUCACACCACGCAACUUCUCGUCUCUAUUGUCUCAAUUGUUUCACUGUGUCUUAAUACUCGCUACAAUGGCUUCUCAAGUCAGCCCGUCGAAACAGACUGCAUCCUCGCUGGAAAACCUGAAAAUGAAUGACUCUCCUGCUAAGAAGCUCAACUUCGAGCCUACCGGCAAGGAAAAUGCUACGACGCCCGUCGCUCUCGUCCUUGACCCCAAGCUGCUUGAGAAGAAAGAGACUACGCCUCUGAGACCAGAGGAGACAGAGAAGAAAGCUCUGACUGGAAUGAAAGCGCUCGAGGCAGAGGAGCCAUUGCUCCAGGAGAACCCAAACAGAUUUGUUUUGUUUCCACUUAAAUAUCACGAGAUCUGGCAAAUGUAUAAGAAAGCGGAGGCGUCAUUCUGGACUGCAGAAGAAAUUGAUCUCUCAAAAGAUCUUCACGAUUGGAACAACAGAUUGAACGAUGAUGAGCGAUACUUUAUCUCCCAUGUCUUGGCAUUCUUCGCUGCCUCGGAUGGCAUUGUCAACGAGAACCUGGUCGAGCGUUUCAGCAGUGAAGUUCAGGUUCCUGAGGCUCGCUGCUUCUACGGCUUCCAGAUCAUGAUGGAGAAUAUUCAUUCCGAGACUUACUCUCUCCUAAUCGACACGUAUAUCAAAGAGCCAAAGCAGCGAACUUAUCUGUUCGAUGCCAUUGACACCAUUCCAUGCAUCCGCAAGAAGGCUGAUUGGGCCAUCCGGUGGAUCGAAGAUAAAGAAUCUAGCUUCGCGCAGCGCCUCGUCGCCUUCGCAGCUGUCGAAGGCAUCUUCUUUAGUGGAUCCUUUGCUUCUAUCUUCUGGCUCAAGAAACGGGGUCUCAUGCCUGGCCUUACCUUUUCUAACGAGCUUAUCUCUCGUGACGAGGGCUUACACACUGAUUUCGCCUGUCUUCUCUUCUCCCACCUCCGCCACCGCCCCAGCCCAGAGGCGGUUGAGAGGAUCAUCACGGAGGCCGUCACGAUAGAGCAGGAAUUCCUCUCAGAUGCGCUCCCAGUCGCGCUUCUCGGAAUGAACGCCAAGCUCAUGUGCCAAUACAUCGAGUUUGUCGCUGACCGCCUCCUCGUUGCAUUGGGCAACAAGAAAGUCUACAACUCCACCAACCCAUUUGACUUCAUGGACAACAUCUCGCUAGCUGGCAAGACCAACUUCUUUGAAAAGCGUGUUGGCGACUACCAAAAAGCCGGUGUCAUGGCAAGCACCAAGAAAGAAGCUGCUACUGAAGAAACGGAGAAGCAGAUCGAGAAUGGAGGUGCAUUCACCUUCGACGAAGACUUCUAAACUGUUUCGUGUCAUUGCUUUCUUGGGAUGGAUAGACUCCUCUCCAUCUUGUAUUUGACGUCUGUGACGCAUAUACCCCCCAUUCUACUUUCUUGUUUCGGACUUCAUACCCCCAGUCACAGUGUAUAUUUCUACACUUCAGAUACCCUCUAGUGGUUUCUGCCUCGGAUAACCUGUACUUCUAUGUGUGGCUCUUUUUGGUGCAUUGUACUCGCUUAUGUGUUUUUCUGUUAUCUUUUUUUCCCCUCUCACCUCGUAAUAUUGGCUCCAUGACUGCAUUUGAUGUUCCUUUUUCCUUCGUCCUCAUCGUUUUACCGGCUGGGUCUCAUGACAAAUUCUUACGUAUUGGGUUACGGCGUCUCCUACUAUUUAUUUAUAUUUUUACUCCUGUCCUUGCCCGUCUUAUGUUGUAUCUUGCAUUAUGUUUAUCCUCAAUUUCAAAAUGUGUCCCAGAAACAAGAAAAGCAAAGGGCAGGCGGAGAUGAGAAAUUUCUGUCUGCUCUUUUGCAUAAUCUAGUUUUUAGCAGCCAAAUAUAUAACGUCACUGAUGAAAAAGCCUUCCGCCCAUCCGAGUUAUACAGGUGCAAAUAUGGCUUGGGGUGGAACACAAGGAUGAGGCCACCGGAAUCAUGGCUCUUGACUCUGUCAUGUAUGUAUGAAUCAAUUUAACCAACCACAGCGCGGAUAAUUUAUGUCAGAUAUUUUCUAUAAACAAUAAACGAGGGAGAAAAAUGCUCUUGAAGUAGCCAUCUAUUGUACCCGGUCCCAUGUUUCGAGUCUCAUGAUCUCUCUCAAUAGAAAAUCCCAUAAUUAUGUACCUGAAAAUGAAAGGGGGAGGGGCAAUAAAUAAAUAAUAUCAAAAUAGCCUACUUCUUCCCCUUCCCUUUCUUCUUCGAUUUCCCCCCACCACCACCACUGCUAGAACCCUUUCCACCAGCACCAGCACC